AUGGCGCCAAUGCUCUCUCUAGUAACCGGGGCUCUUUCAGUGGCUCUUCUGACACUGUCAGCGGCGGCCUUUCCCACCGAGAACAAUACUUACGAGUACAUUAUUGUUGGCACUGGGCCAGGAGGAGCACCGCUUGCUGCCAAUCUUGCUCGCGCCGGGCACUCGGUUUUGGUCCUCGAGGCGGGCGACGAUCAGACCGAGAAUGUGAACGUCUCGCAGUGGCUCAACUUCAAUGCUGCUGGCAACGAUCCCGCGACUAGAUGGGACUUCUUUGUCAAGCAUUCUGAUGAUGAGGCGAGAGAGGCGAGGUAUAAGCAUAGGACCUGGCGGAAGACGGACGGUGGGUUUUAUGUUGGUACUGAACCUCCGCAGGGAGCAAAGCCUCUUGGUAUCUACUAUCCCCGCGCUGGAACUCUAGGAGGAUGUGCAAUGCACAACGGUUGCUUGACGAUGAACCCAAAUGACCUCGACUGGGAUGAGAUCGCGGAGACCACUGGCGAUGAUUCCUGGUCUGCUGAGAACAUGCGCAAGUAUCUUGUCAAGCUUGAGAAGGUCCAUUACAACAGCUCAUAUGAGCAUGGUCAUAACGGAUGGCUCGACAUGACGAUGCUUGAUCCAGGGUUCACUACUUCGGCCGAUGCUAAAGAUUUGAGUCAGAAGGCUGCCGUAGCUGCUGGCUACUCUGCUGCCGACACCUCCAAGCUUCUAGCAAGAGAUAUGAAUGGAGACCAGCCGAAUCGUGACAAUCUGGUAGGUCCAUUUGGCGGUGUCAGCCACAUUAAUCCUAAUGGACGGCGUUCGUCCCCUGGCUACUAUCUCCGUGACACAGUGGCAGAGAAGAAGUACCCCAUCACUCUCUCGUUAGAUACACUAGCCACCAAGAUCAUCUUCAACAAAAACGGAACGAAACCCAAGGCCAUUGGCGUCGAGUUCCUCCAAGGAAAGAGCUUGUACAGUGCCGACCCUCGCCAUAACCCCUCCCAGAAGGGAACUCCAGGUUCAGCGUAUGCUUCGAAGGAGGUCAUCAUUUCAGGAGGUGCCUUCAACUCACCUCAGCUUCUCCUCCUCUCUGGCAUUGGUCCCGCAGCACACCUCAAGAAAUUCGAUAUUCCCGUCGUCAAAGACCUGCCAGGCGUCGGCCAAUCUGUUGCUGAUAACUACGAGGCGGGCAUCCUGUCGCUCGCAAGCCGCGCCGUCACUGGGCAGGGAGAGAUCUUCCCCAAUUUCUGGAAAACCAGUGUUGGUAAGAUCCGUGACAUCUACAUGUGGUGUGGUUCCUUUGCAUUCGAGGGAUUCUGGCCCGGCUUCCCCAACAUCCCCCCAUAUUUCAACGGAACCUACGGACCCAAGCAGUACGAAUGCGCGCUCGUGCACAUGAACCCGCGCUCCCAAGCCGGCGUCAUCGAGCUCCAAUCCACCGACCCUCGCGCGGUCCCCGCAAUCAACCUCAACUUCUUCAAAGAAAAGGGGUCGGACAAGGAUCUCACGUCCAUCCUCGAAGGCAUCGAGUGGGUGCGCUCCUGGCUCGUAAAAGCCAACUCCUCGUCUCCCAACUCCCUCGGUCCGUUCCAAGAGCUACACCCCUGUGAGGGUGAGAUCGGGAAGCAGAAUUGUACGGAGAAGGCGCAGAAGACGUAUUUGAAGGAGCAGGCAUAUAGUCAUCAUGCUACGAGCAGUUGCCGUAUCGGUGCGGAUCGCGAUAAGGGUGCGGUGUUGGAUAGUAAGUUUAGGGUUAGGGGUGUGGAGGGACUGAGGGUCGUGGAUGCGAGUUCGUUCCCUAAGGUCCCUGGUGGGUUUCCUAUUCUGCCGACUAUGAUGUUGUCGGAGAAGGCUAGUGAGAUCUUGAUCAAGGGAUUGUGA